AUGGAUUAUCUCCUGGCCAGGCUCUUGGAGCUCGAAGCCAUACCCCUGAGAGGGGUUAGGGCAUUCGUCUCUAACUGGGCCUCGGCCAUGGUAUCCAAUGACGCGGGGGUUGAAGGCAGCGGGAGUCCAGCGGCUGCUCAGGCACCCUUGGACUUCGCAAGGGCGAUCUUAAGCAUGGUGCUUCAUGCAGGGCUGGCUCCUCUGAACGUGUUCAAACUCCCACUUGAAUAUACAGAAUUCGAAGGUCCGACGUCGGCCACACCCUACUCUGCCUUCAAGGGUGGUGUGCAGACGUCAAUCAGGUUCUAUGGUAUCGAUAACGAGCGAGACUGCAUGCUCUUCCUCUUCCGGCACAUCGGGAAGAGCUUGAGGUCCGAACUUAUCACACAUCUUGGGACAGCCCAACCGGCUCCGUCUGCUGUGUGGGGGUACCUCGACUCUCGGUUUCUCGAAACUGAUACAUCGGAGAAGGCCAGCGAACGCUGGGAGAGUCUCAAACAGAAUACUGGCGAGAAGGUUGACGAAUAUUAUGCCCGCAUUAAGAGUGAAUGGUUGCUCUUCUCUCGUGUGUCCGGCGUCACCUUACCCUUGCCAUUUGUCUCUGCCAAGUUCGUUGGGGGACUGCUCCCUGAGAUAAAGGCACCUCUAGAAACCAGCUGUGGACAUCUGCUGUCUAAGCUGCCCUUAGAGAAGGCUCGGGACGCGGCCCUAUAUCAUGAAUCUAAACUCUCAUCUAAAUCGGAUGGAAACGCCCGCAAGGCCCUCUCGAACAAGCGGAUGCCUAUGCCCCCCGGUCAGGCCCCCCAGUCGCAUAAUCCUGGAGCCAAGGAGGUCAAAGAACCCCUUGUGGGAAGGGACAACUCGGCUGGUGGAGGUAACUCGAAGGAUGGCAAAUCUGGAUGCUCCUACUGUGCUACUCGAAGGUACAGAGGGGCGAAUAAGCACGACGACGCGCGCUGCUGGAAGAACCCUGCGAACGCUCACUUGGUUCCGGACUGGUAUCGUCAGCGCCAAGCUGAAGCUGCAGCAGCCAAGGCAUCGAAAGGGCAAAGGGACCGGCAAGAGACCGUCCCAAAGGCCGUCCAAUCGACGUUCAUGGCACGCUCCGUUGACUCUGCUCAUGAAGGCCUACGCGUCAUCAAAGCUUCUGCUACCGGUUCAUCCGGCCGAAUUCUACCAGUAGAACUGCUGGUCGACUCUGGUUCGGAUCUGACAUUAAUAUCAUCCUCGUCGGCGAGCAUUAUGGGCUUCAAAGUGACACCAGCUAGGGGGCUCAAGAAGCUCGAAUCGGCUGGGUCGCUAGGCUCCAUCUGCGUGAUAGGACAGGCUCGGGUUCCGAUAGUUGUCAAGGAUAAGGCAGGCCAUGACCUCUCCUUUAACUUGGAGGCCACCUUGCAUACUACGGAUGAUACACUCUAUUGCGGAGCACUGGGUUCAACUUGGUCCUUGUCACCUUAUAGCGGCGGGAGCAUCUCCAGCGUUCUCACCGAUACACGGCUCAAGUUGCCCACUAGGAGUAAGGUGGACGAACGCCUUAAGGGAUGGUCGUUCCCCAAGGUCACUGUCCAGCUAAAACCUGGUGCUGUGCGACCCUGUCCCAAGCGGCCAUAUGUGUGUCGUAAGCGCGAGAUGCAGGCCAUGGAGCUCAUGGUCAAGAACCUCGAGAAGAGCGGGAUCAUCACUCGCCUAUCACGCGCGGCGGUCGAUCAUCGUCAAGUCUGGAUCUCUCGACGACGUUGCCGAGCCCUUGACUGA